AUUCUGCACAAAAACUCAUCGAAUCAUGUUGUUGGUACUUUUUUGUGUCUUCGUGAGUGCUUUGGCACUCCCAGAGUCAUCAUAUGACAACUUUAACGAAACUCACUGGAGUCCGCUAGAGGGCGAGCUCUUUGAAGGAGAUAUCAAGCUGUUGCCAAGCCAAUACGAUGAGAAUCGAAAUGCGCUACUAAACAGAGCUAAAAGAUGGACAGGAAAAACUGUUUACUACCAGAUCAGUUCCACUUAUUCCUCUAGUCAACGCAAUUUGAUUCUACAGGCAAUGGAAGAAUACCACAAAAACACGUGUAUCAGAUUUAUUCAAAGGACAAAUCAACAAAAUUAUCUCAACAUUUAUCCAGAUAGCGUGGGUUGUUGGUCAUAUUUUGGAAUGAUAGGCGGCGGUCAAAAACUUUCACUUCAAAUUCCAGGGUGCAUGUAUAAAGGACUCAUCAUGCACGAGCUAAUGCAUGCUCUGGGUUUUACGCACGAACAGUCGCGAGCUGAUCGGGACAAUUACGUCACAAUUAAUUGGGAUAACAUUUCAGAAAAUCAAAAAUACAACUUCAACAAGUUUACUCUAAGCUACAUCGACCACUUAGGAGAGAGCUAUGAUUAUCGUUCCAUUAUGCAUUAUCAUGCUUGGAGUUUUGCCUUGAAUCGUAAUUAUCCGACUCUGACCCCAAAAUUGUCUGGUUUUACUCUGAAUGACCUAGGAGCAGGCCAGCGAAAUAACCAGUUCACUGCCACGGACGUCAGAAAGAUUAAAAACUACUACCAGUGCUGAUGUGUGAAUAAUAGCUGCCAAAGUUUUCAGUGCAUUUGAGAUUGACUACAUUAGUUUCAAAAUGACCCAAUAAAUAUCAAUAAAUUAUAAAAUAAAACUAGUUCUGGAAAAAAGUUUUAAAAAGUCCUAAAAAUCUCACUACUCCAAACCAUGGUAUUAAUGUUUUAAAAUUUCUGUACUCCAAAGAAUGGUAUUAUUGUUUUAAAGUCUCUCUACUCCAAAGAAUGGUUUUUUUAUUUUAAAAUCUCUGUAUUGAAAAGCACAGUCUUAUUGACCAGAC